AUGGCCGCACCAAGCCAGUACUCCUCGUUCAAAACCAAUGUGGGUAGAACGGUAACAAAGAAGUGGAAGAAUGCAAACAAAAUUAGCUAUGACGGAGACGAUUGGGGAGAUGAAGAUGAAUAUGAUGAGCCCAUCCCCGUUUCCGCGGGCAAUCCUAGACACCCAGCUUGGGGACAGCAGCCAAAUAUUCACCCUUCGAAUCGAAGUGUGACCAAUCCAUCUCCUUCGCAAAGUGGUGGACAGCUAUCUUUUGAUCGCGGCGAUGAUAGACGGACAUUCUCCUCGGGUGCUUUCGAGUCAGCAUACCCUACCACGCAAAGAUCACCUUUCCCCGAGCCACAGCAUGAGUACGAUGAUAUUCCGUUCCCGAACUAUAAUGGGCCCCCUCCUUUGCGAGUCGAUACACAUGGACAAGGUCCGAUGCCACCAGGAUUCCGGCCAGGUUCGAGAGGGCGUAACUUCCAGCCAUAUGAAGAGGCACCUUUCUCCGCACCAGGAAAUUAUCCACCAUCACGAAGGUCUGGUUCGAGCAAUCGACCUCCUCCCGUUGAUCCAUACCAGAGACACGACAGCCCUAUGAGACCAGGUAGUCGAGGUUCAACAGCAUCAAGCAGACAAUUUCCACCUCGGAAGCAAAGCCUUACACAGCAAGCUCCUCCUCAACUAGAUUACAUGCGCCCAAGUCAACCAGCCAACGCCCCAGGUCCAGAUGCAGUCGAGCCUGAUGACAAUAGGCCUAUACCGGUCUUUGUACGACCGUCAGAUAUUUAUAAGCGCAUGGAAGAGGAGAAGGAGAAAGCACGCCAAUCGCAAGAGUCUUUACAGCGUCCGAGUAUAGAUUCGACCACAGGCCAAAUUAGAAGCGAGUCUGUUGAUACGCCGCCUCCACUUCCUGACUCCAAAGCCUACACGACCACCGUCGCACAGGUCCCAGUCGAGGAGAUCGAUAAUACACGUCGCUUGAAGCCGAAUACUCUUGACACCGUACCAGAAAGAAAGAGUGAGUAUGGCUUCGACAACGUGGUGGGCCAAGCAGACAAGUCUGCUUCACCGGAAACCGAUUUAACGAAUGAUUCUAAGCAGCCUGAGGAGACACCAACCGUUGGUGUUACAAGACAGCCCACUGACGCCUCUUCAGUCUCAAAUUAUACCGACCGACCUGACCCGAUUUCUGCGUCUACGAUCUCCCGUAACGUUUCCGUUGGUGAGCGUGCCUUCGAGCACAACCCUCCAGAUCUUGGCCGACCAACUUUCGAUCUUCCAACCAUCAAUAGAAUGUCUGGUUUUGGCAUGGACCUCGAUCCAGAUGGUGGCGACAGCCAAGGAGCUGCUUCUGGUCAACUUGAGCCCGCAAAAGGCACUCGGAUUCAAAGUUCGAAUGCUUCGCAGAGUCUCGACCCGCAUUCUUUACAUCAUCAAACCUCACUUGGCUAUAGAUCCAUGGUCCAACAAGCAUUCGAACAGAGUGAAAGGCAACCUGAAUUCUCCCCUGCAUCGGCUUCGAACACUAUCGACAGGUCAAAUAGCGAUGCGACGUCGGACAUAAGUCCCAUCAUUACACAUCAUCAGGCGCAGCACUUGCCUACAAACAACCUUCAGACGAAUGCCCCAUCAGUUGCUGAAGGGGCAUAUGGCCAUUCACGCCAGACAUCGGAAGCAACCAUCAAAGCAUAUGAACCUCGCUCUCCGGAUAGUGACUUCUCUUCGGCAAAGCCUGUGCGUACCGGCUAUCGUAGGGAUAUUACUCCUCCCAGUAGAGACAACAGCCCAGCGAGGCGGCCAUUGAGCGUCGAACAUUCUACCCCCAUUCAGCCACAGCAGGGAUUUGUUGAACGUACAAGGGGGAACGAUGCUUCAGACGAUACGGCGGAGAACUCGUCGACAGAGAAGCAACUCCCAGAACCACCUGCUGGACAAGAUAAUAUCACUGACAUUGAUAUUCCGAAUCCUGAACGUACGACAUCUGAUGAAUGGCAAGAAUGGCAGGCACAUAAAAAACAAUUCAACCAGCAAGCUGGCUUUCCUGACAGCGGGACGGCCACUCCAUAUGCACCUUCGCCGCUACAGCGCUCAGAAACACCAGCCAAGGGCACUGUUCGAGAUUUGGCUGGAAAGUUAGAGACUCAGUCAGGAAGAUCCACCCCAAGCAAUGCUGGCUCUCAAGUCACGUCACCUGUGAUUGAACAAAUACGCCCCCCGGUUCAAUCUCGAAACGAGAGCUUUCGGCCUGCUAUCCCUGGAGGCUGGCAGUCGUUUAGCUCAACCACUGGUGCGGGCCCAUCAGCUCACGGUGCGGCUGCGGGCUCUUCUGAAGAUCCUAUAUCUUGUAGCGCUCCACCAUUCGCGCCCCCACGUUUGGACAGCACUGAUAGCGUACCUACAGCACGAGCCCCCGCUCAUGGUUCUGACGAGGACGGUGGCAUCAAAGGCAAAGCAUUUGCUGCGGCCGCUUCUGCUGGGACUGCUUUAGCUAAUUCUCUCGCUGGUCAUAGACUCAGUGAACGCACACAAGACUCUGAAGUCCCUUCCGAAGAAUCAAGCGAGAAUGAAUGGGACAAUUCAAGUACGGAUAGCAAGGCUGAGUCGAAGAUCGGUGACAACUCUUUGGGAGCAGAGAUAGACCAGUCUCAAAAUCAGGAUACGCCCAAAGCCACUAGACUACCUGCAGACAAGCCCUCAUCUUCCUCCGAUCCUUCUAAAGGAGAGGACCUCAGCGAUGCUGAACCCAUGGAGCCUGAGGACGAUUACGUACCAGCGCCUCUACGUACGAGUAGGAAUUUCUCGGACUCAUCAAAUCCGCGACCAAAAGUGCCUGGUGUGUUGUUGCAUCAAGAAUCUCCUACUGCAGCCGAUAAUGAGCGGCUGGAAGAGGAAAUUGAAAAGAGCUUGACACCGAAGAGUUCAACAUAUUAUGGAGAAGUGACCGGGCAAGACAAUGGGCUUGGUGCCAUGAAACCUGCAAGUUCAGACCCAACACCGAUAGAGAGAGCUUUGGAACCAACCACGACCGCACCUCAUGGGUCUCAGGCUCUCGCAGAAAUUGAAUCAUCAUUAGCAGAUCCGGCCACAACGGUUGGUCAGUCCUCGGCAGGGAGACAAUCCCCUGCACUGUCGCCACCCACGGCGCAAGCUAUGAAGACUGGGUUUCCCCGACCGGUGUCUCCAUCACAACAAACAAUGGACCAUCACUCCCAGCAGGAUCCAAGAAUGCCCUCUGAGCAGCUGUCUGGGCAAAUCAAUGAGUCAAGACUGGAACAACCAGCUCAGAACAUACAACCAGACUUUGAUGGGUCAAAAUCGCAGUCACUUCUGAGUGACAGACUUUCCCAACAAACAGAGUCUGGCACCACACCGCCGUCAGGGCCUCACACAGAGCCGCAAGAUCAGGGGAGACCAGAAUCUCAGACUGUUCCUGAUUCUCAGUUUGCACCUCCACAACAGUCAAAUGAUGUUGUGCAUAAUGUGCAGCGAGAUCCCGUCCGCGAAACAGGGUCCCAGGCUUUGCAAUCUGAUAUGUUCGACAGAAUUCUUUCUCAGCCUACCGUUCAAGGUUCAUCUGAGCCUAGACCUUUUCUCAAGCAACGGUUUUCUUGGGAGACGGGUAGUGAAGAAACUCCUACAGCGGUGACACCCAAGCAAGCCGCUACAACGCCGUCGACGACUUCACCAGAUACUAUUAGAACAGAAAUGCCACCGCCGUCAGGCCCUGCAGGAACUUCUUGGCGUGGAUCAAUUGAGGAUGCUGAUCCUGGUCUAAAAACGGCUGCUUUGCAAGACUCAAACAAUACAGUACAACCUCCUCAACCGAUGGAAGCAAGCACACUGCAGAGCCCGAUACACUCACCACCUAACCGCUCAACUCCCAGCGAACCGUUUAACGCUCGACCCGCUCAAACGGACCUGUCAGCCAAAGCUCCCGGACCGGAACCAGCGUCCCUCCGUGAUAUUAUGAGCCUUGAUUCCCCUCAAGCGCGUAUCAAAGCCUACAGUGAAACUAGGGCCGCGUACGCUAGCUCUGACGGACAACUAGAAGAUUGGCUGUUAUCAAUGCAGAACCCGGAACACGCUGAGAUUUUCGCGAUGAACGGGCUUGUGUCCCAGGAUGCUAGUGAAGCGACACCCUACAAACCAUCCCCCAGAAGAAUCUUAACGGAUUCUGCAGGGGCCAGACAAAUGCAAGAGGACGGCAAGAGGUUGAUGUUGAAAGCUGGAAAGUUUGGUGGGAAAGCAGGAACCGCCGCAAAGGGCUUGUUUGCCAAAGGGAAAGAGAAGAUGCGCCAUGUCAGCCAUGGAGAAAAGGGUCCUACAUCGUCGUCGGAACGGCGCAAAUCUACGGGUCCCAUGUCGUCGCUUUCCGUGGUUGAGUCUGAAGCGGCCGGCGAGAGUCGUGUCUCAGUGCAGAAGAAUUCGGCAUCAGUUGAAGCUCCACCGCAAAUACCGUUGACAAUUUCUUCACCAGCAUCACCAUCCGAUUGGUUCUCUGGUCCGAUACUGGCAAACGCUUCAAUCGACCAAGCAGUUCCUGCAAGUCCAACGAGUCCGGCGAUUUCUGCCAUGGACAGUGAUCAGAGAGAGAACGAGCCUGAGAACGAAAGUGGUCCAAGCCGGUCAAUCAGCCAGGUGACACGACCAACAACUGAACAUUCUCCCGUCGAAACUCAUCAUCAUCAUCGAAGCAUUGCGAAUCAGCUUGUCAACGAGAGUCAUACGACUUCUAUGAACGACGAACCACCUGUUACUGGACUCGCCCCGCCUCGUCCGGUCGCCGGCCUAGCACAUGGUCUCACACAGUCCGGAGACGCAAGUCUGCAUGUUCCAGAAGAUAAACGAAGGUCAAUCGUUUCUGCGAUAUCCAGUGCCAGUCCUGCCACGGGAUCAGUUGCGUCGCAAGCUCAUUCAAGGGCUAGUGUUUCACCUGCAGAUGCAGAAGAGGUAUCCGACACCGAAUACACGAAAAAGCAGCCAGGAGAUCAAUUACAAGCAUCAGCGCUCCCUGACUCUGAUCUUUUGCCGACCAGGCCUCCUCUGACUGAUCAGCCCGAGUCGCCUAGGAACGACACACCUCCACCGGGGAUUGAUGAGCCGUACGUGCCUUUGAACAUGGAUGUUGAUGCUGAAGCUAUUCGACGGGCACAGGCAGGAGAAGAGAAGCCUGAAAUGACCCCAGAACAGGAGAAUGAUCGAGAACGCGAUGUAAGCGCUCGUCCAACUCAGCAUCAUCGCCCCUUUUCCUUCUCAGGCCUCGAAGAUAUUUACGAAGGUCACCACUCACCGCCAUCGCGCCCUUCGGCACCCAUGAGCCCGGUCAGUCAAACAUUCAGCAACACUUCCCUGAACAAAGAGAUGUCCCAAGUGAGUGUUGAUGAGGUUGUUGAUCAAGCCACUGCCGUCACUGGGCAAAGACAAUCGCGAUCCUAUUCGAGACCUUUUGGAGUCGAUCCUAACGUGCGCAAUCAUCCCGCACUCAAGCAUCAGGAAGACCAACUCGAGGAGCCGAUGGAUAGAGUACGUAUGUAUUCCUCAGAAAGCCCUCUACCAAGCGCAAGGCGACCCCAAGAGGAAAUGGACAGGCUGCGGCAACAGAGGGAGAUGUACCAGCAUGAGCAUGGACAACCAGUCAGUACAGAGAUUGAACAAGGUGGCGAUGGAGAGUUUCGUAUUGCAGGGCCAUAUAUCCAGGAAUACAGAUCACCAAAGCCUGUCACGGCACCACGAAUUGGACGAAGUCCAGUACAAGUCGAAGCUAGUGGUCAACAAAUGCCCGGUGCGCGGGUUUCCACUCAUCUUGGCCAACAAAAUUCGUACAGAGUCCAACCAGGACAGCAGCAUCAGCAACCGAACAGAUUGUCUGUUGUUGGAGCUAUUGACGAUCACCGCCGUUCGUACGACCAAGACAACCAACACCAGCAUCAGCAUGGCUAUGAAUAUGAAUAUGAACCAGGCCCCACGCCUGAUCAUCCUUACGAUAUGGGGCCUGGUUCCGAGCAUGGAGAUCACUCGCAAUAUGAGCAAGCACAAGAGCCUCCUCCUUCACAACCGCCGAAUCAGCAAAGCAUGUACGCUCAAGCUCAACGCCAGUCAAUGCCGCCGCCACCAGUACCCACACCACAAGAGAAUCGUACACCUCAACCGGCGAGCGGCAAGAAAGGCAUGUUUGGCAGUAUUUUUGGAGGUAAAGGACGCAACAAGCUCCAGAAAACAGACCGCUCGGAAUCGCGCGCUGACGAGAGGGAUCGCCACGCCCAGAAGAGAGAGAAACGAGGCAGUCUCUUCCGACGCAACAGUCGUCACGAUAGUAUCUCAUCCAAACGGAGCAGCCAAUACGGUGAACAUGAUCAGUUUAGUCAUCUCACACAGGUUCCAUCGCAUCCUAGCGCCGGCAAGAGGUUGUCGCGAGAUAUGUUGACAACACCCGAACCCAAAGAGCCAAAUCAAGCAUCAGAAAGUGGAAAGAAGAAGCGCUUUUCAGGUUUUGGUGGACGAAUCUUCAAGACUGGCGGGACCAAGGAUUCUUCAAGAGCAAACUCUGCACCUGUCGAUUCGAUUACAUGGACACGAUUGUCUAAUCAGAAUCUUGAGCAACAAAUCCGUGCUCAGACGUUCAUUUCGCCACAAGCGUAUUCACAAUAUCCAAGCUCGGCGGGUGCGCAAGGAUACUCCUAUGACGAGGAUCCUGCGGCACAAUUUCAAUAUCCCUCAACGUCAACGUACCCUGGACCAGGCGACUAUCAACACCAACAGCAACGAUUUCCAGCUGCGUAUGAGAGGGAUACGGCCUCACCGCCCCGGCAACCAUACGGAGGACGGCCUACGAACUAUGAUUCUAGUCUCCCUGGUACACCAGCACAUCAAGGGCUCUACGACCGUGAACGUGAACGUGAAAGACCUUCGCCGUUACGGAUCGAUACAAGCGGUACUCCAAACCAAGGUGGUCACCGAUACGGCAGUGGUGUUAAUGUGGCUCACACGGCACCUGCUCAGACGUUUCCUCCACGAGAUUCGAGCUUUUCGCCAGCACCGAGACCAGGUCAUGCGGGUUCCACGAGUGCAGGUGCAGGUACGAAGAGUAGAGGCGGUGCGAUAAGUCCUCCCACUGUCGGUGUAGCGAGGACGACCAGUCCUGCCUUCGGUGGUGCCUCUGCGUCUACCUCUGCUUCUCCAUCGGCUUCUCGCCCUCGAGACGGCAGAGCCCAUGUGAUGGAUCUACAUAAACGAUCACGAUCGCCGAGAUUGGGUCGGCGACCGUCCGACGAGAAUGUGGAUUCUGAGAGACGCGCCCAGAGUGGGGCUAUCGUUGACAAUAGGGGAAGUGCCAGUAUGGGAUUGGUUGACAGGUUAGGUACGUUCAGUAGUAAGCGUAUCAGUCCUGUCGGUGGUGUUCCAAGGGAUGAGAGUGAACAGGAGCGACCUUUUAAUAUUACUGUACCUGGAUUGGAUGAGGAGCAACAACAGCAGCAGCAGCAGGAGCAAGAACAAAAACGCAGCAGACCUGACUUGACUUCGACCUUGAGAGAGCGAGUGGAAGGUGGUGGUGGUGGUGGUGGUGCGAGGAGUGAAACGCCAAUCAGUAUCGAAUCCGGGUCGAAUGUUAGGACAUCUACACCCGCUUCGGGAAAUGGACUCGAAAGAGGUGUGAGUUUGAUGGAAAGUGACAAGAACAAAAAGACCGGAUCGAGUACAAAGGAUCGAUCCGGUGGCGGAGUCAUUGCAGAAUUACCUGGAAGUCAAGCUGAAGGGUACGAGAGUGAUGAGGAAGUACUCAUGAGUGCCACUGCUUAUCCUGGACAAGAAUGGGUACCUGUCAUUGUCGGGGAUGGUAGAUGGGACGAUUGA